AAUCGACAUUCGGAAAAUAUUCGAAUUUAUCAUUUUUAUCUUCGUCGUCUAUUUUCCUCUCUGCGAAAAUGGAUAAAGGCCCUGUUUUGGGCUGAUUAGUGGCUUAUCGCGUUUCUUCAAAAUGAAAAGUUUGGUCGGAUUCGUAUUUUUCGUUUUCCUCGUCGGUUUCUUCGAAGUUGAAGUUACCCCCUUGAAUAUAGUCCAGGAUGGGGUAGAAGGGGAUGAUCUCAAGCCAAAUUACACUUCGAUAAAUUGGAAUGUUUCGUAUAGGAGCAUCGGAAAUCCAAAGGAGAGUUACACUUGGUUGGUCCAAGGAUAUUAUCAGUUCGUGAACGUUAUUGUUGAUCUUAUUUUACCAGAUGCUCUGCCUGAUGAAAUCUUCACGAUUGAACCAGGAGAAACAAUAUGGUCCCACGCUAAAAAUUGCAUCUGGGCAUACAGAAGACUGUUCGUCUUCAUAAUCCUCCUCAUGGUCCAGAUCUUCUUCCUUAUAGGCAGUAACGCUAAAGAACUAUGCUCCUGCGUAUUCUUCUGUACUCAAUGCUCUACAAGUACAACCUUCAAUCCCAAUACCAAAUUCAAAAAAUGGUUAUGGUUCACCUGGAUUUACUCCAUCCUCUUUUUUCUACUUUUGACGUUGGUGAUGGCAAACCAAACCAACCAAAAUAUGGAUGAUGGUUUCGAUACAGUCAUACUAACUUUAGACGAUACUAUAGUCGACGUUGAAGCUUUCGUUGAUACCACAGUAAAACAACUGGAAAUUUUACUCUUGACAAACUUCCAGGACUACUUAAGUUUCUUUUUAUCUAGUGGAGAACGAACAACGAUGAACAUUUUGGCGGAUAUAGAAAAUAUCAUCGGAUCUCUAGAUUUUUCAAAAACCUUCAAAGACAUCGAAAACAAUUUCAAUUUCAUUAAACCAGUGUUUGACGAGAUAGAAACGAUCCUUACCGAUGUGGAGAACAUUGGUAAAACGAUAAACGAUGACAUAUCCGAUCUCAAAGAUAUGGUGGAAAAUAUGGUAUGCGACACAAAAGAGUGCGAACAACUGAAGAAUCUUAUUCCUUCAUUGGAAUCGAUUUAUGAUGGUGGUGCUGGAGCUGUUAACGAGACAUACGCGGAGUUGGAAAAUUUAGCUAAUCUAGGAAAAGAAACUGUCAGUAAGGGAUUAGAAGAAGUUGAAAAUAUCACAUCAAUUAUCGGAGGAAAUGUGCUCAAAGAAGGAAAAGCUCUUGGAAAUUUAACAGCUAAUAUCGCUGGCAACGUUGCGAAGGAUCUCGAAAUAGCUGAAGGAGGUUUAACUAAUCUAACGUCAGCUAUUGGAGGAGAAGCAAUCGAGGAAGGAAAAGCUUUGGAGAAUCUCACAGCUAAUAUAGCUGGGAACGUUGUUAAAGACCUCGAAAUAGCUGGUGGCGGUUUAACUAAUCUUACAUCAGCUAUUGGAGGAGAAGCAAUCGAGGAAGGAAAAGCUUUGGAGAAUCUCACAGCUAAUAUAGCUGGGAACGUUGUUAAAGACCUUGAAAUAGCUGAAGGAGGUUUAACUAACCUAACGUCAGCUAUUGGAGGAGAAGCAAUCGAGGAAGGAAAAGCUUUGGAGAAUCUCACAGCUAAUAUAGCUGGGAACGUUGUUAAAGACCUUGAAAUAGCUGAAGGAGGUUUAACUAACCUAACGUCAGCUAUUGGAGGAGAAGCAAUCGAGGAAGGAAAAGCUUUGGAGAAUCUCACAGCUAAUAUAGCUGGGAACGUUGUUAAAGACCUUGAAAUAGCUGAAGGAGGUUUAACUAACCUAACGUCAGCUAUUGGAGGAGAAGCAAUCGAGGAAGGAAAAGCUUUGGAGAAUCUCACAGCUAAUAUAGCUGGGAACGUUGUUAAAGACCUCGAAAUAGCUGGUGGCGGUUUAACUAAUCUAACGUCAGCUAUUGGAGGAGGAGCAAUCGAGGAAGGAAAAGCUUUGGAGAAUCUCACUGCGAAUAUAGCAGGUAACGUCGUUAAGGAUCUUGAAACAGCUGGAGGAGGCUUAACUAACCUAACAUCAGCUAUCGGAGGAAAAGCGGUAGAAGAAGGAAAAGCUUUGGAGAAUCUCACAGCUAAUAUAGCUGGGAAUAUAGCGAAAGAUUUGGAAGAUACUGAGAAAGGCCUCGCCAAUAUUACCGGGAACCUAGUUGGCGGCAUGGAAAAUGUUGCAGGAGGCAUUGGAAAUGAGAUAGAAAAUGAGGGAAAAGCACUGAAAGACUUAACGAAAGGCGUAGCAGGAGAAGUGGGAGAUGUGUUUAAAGAUCUUGGCGAUUGGACCUUUGGUUCGGGUAACCAAAAAAAGAAAUCAAAGGAGAUUAAAAAGAACCAUGUAACCACCGAGGCAUCGACUACGCAGAAAAGCAAAGCUAAGAACAAGGUGGAAAGUAUGGUGAGUGGCAUUGGUAGUGAAAUUGGUGGUCUCUUCGGCGGUUUUGGUGGUUUUGCAUCGCCCUCAGAAGAUAAGAAGAAAUCUAUUAAGAAGCAAAAUAAUACAACACCGAUUGAAAAAUCAAAGAUGAGUGAAUCAACGUCUAAAAUCGAGUCCAAAAAUGAAAGUGAAAACAUUUUUGGUUCAUUCGGAAAUUCAGUUUCCGAAACAGAUGCAGAAGUAGGAGAAUCAACUAUGGAUUUAACAUCGCAUUUGAAAGAAGGAGCCACGAAUGGUGUACAGAAGGGUGCUGAUGGUCUCACGAAUGGUUUCAAUAAUUUAUUCGCUGGGCUAGACGCAUAUAAAGAACUGAAACAGCCGAGUGGUGUGAAUUCAUCCAACCCAGUUAGAAAUGUGGAAACAACGACAGUAAAACAGGUUGAGAGUAAAACCCAAAACAGCUUUGGAGGACUUUUUGGUGGACUUGAGAAUGUGGUCUCUAAGGUCGAGAAAAAAGUAGAAAACAUUGGAGUUACGCCAUCAAAGGAGCUUGGUACAACCACUAAGGCGAAAAACUCUGGAGGUAUCUUUGGAGGAGUAGAUGGUUGGUUUUCUGGCGGUAAUAAAAAGCCAGUCGUAGUGAGCUCAACCCCUCCAGUGAAAUAUUCAGAAACUACAACAACUAAAAGUAGCUUUGGAGGUCUUUUUGGUGGACUCGGGAAUUUGGCAUCUAAGGUAACCAACGGAGUGAAGAAAACUGAGGAAAAAAUGGAAGAUAUGACUUCGAAGGUAGCGGGAGGUAUAGGUGGCACUGCCAGUAGUGCCAAGAAUGAAAUCGGGGAGUUAUUUGGAGGUUUUGGAGAUUGGUCUUCCUCAGGCUCUAGCAAAAAAAAGAAUGAGGGAAAAGUUAAGGUAGACUCGAAGAAAGAUGAUACAGUAACCGUAACAAAGAGCAAUGGUUUCAACAGUUUCUUUGGAGGUACGGAGAAGACAACACAAAGAGUUACUACUGAUGUCAAAAAAGAGAAACCACCAAGUAUCACUGCUAAAGUAUCCAGUGAUGUUGGAAAAGCUGUAGGUGGCGUAGAAAAUAAAAUUUCUGACGCUUCCAAGAAACUGUUCAAUAUGGGUGGUAGCUUUUUUGGAUUUAGAAGGAGAAGAGGACUCGAUUCCGACAGUUUAAAAGGGGAGUUCGAUACGAUCUUUGGCACCAUUGACAGAAUCGAAAAUUAUGUGAUGAAUGACCUGAAGAACCUCAACAAUCUGACUGUUCUCCUUUCUCCGAUCACUGAGGAAAUCGAUGUUGUAAUCAAGGAAGUAUUAUCGUCAGUCGAAGAGGAGCUCAGGAAAGCUGCCAAACCUAUAGAGGCUUUGUUCGCUUCUACCUUAGACAAAAUCAUUUCUGUCGAGCAUUCAAUCCUCAAUGCUACGAAUGUUAUAAAAGAUACUCAAGACGUGGUCAGUUGGUUCGAGGUUUACAGAUAUCACAUCAGUAACUUCAUAGCUACAGUGGUAUUGAUCUCUUUCGCACUUUUAACAUUUGGAAUCUCUACCAGGAUGACUUAUAACAAUGUUGUCGCAAAAUUCACUUACAAGGGGGGUUUUACUCUGCUUCAUCUGACAGCUUUGCUGAUGGCCGCCACCUCGAUGAUCUAUAUUUGUGCAGGUGUGACAUCACAAAAAGUUUUGUGCGAAACUUUCGAUACAAACUAUAGGGAAGACAACAUAAUGAGGAUUCUGAGCAAGAUAAAUCCUUCUAAAUACGGUUUAUUGCUCGAUUUGAAUCUGCAUAAGGUUAUCAUAAGAUGCCAUCAAGACCGAAGCCUUUACGAGGUGGCAGCUUUGGGAAAGACGGAGCUCAAUAUAGAAAAGAUUGCCCUUGGAUUUUUCGAUUUAGAUGCGAUCGAAAAAGAGUUCAAACCGCUUUUGAAUCUGAAUCUAAAUUUUGCGAAAUAUUUUCCGCUUGAUACCAUACACACCAUUGAGGAAGACCUGAAUUUUGAAGCUUUUGAUAAGAUCUUGGAUUCGCCAAUAUUCAAACAAAUGGACAAGUUGGAAAAGGAGUUUACUCAAAUACCUAUGAUCGGGCCAGUUAUAAAAAAGAUCACAGACAAAAUUGAUUCUUUCAAAGACAAGAUAAUGUCGAUAAAGACUCCUGUACAAUCAGCCAACAACGGUUAUCCAUCCUUCCUUUCAAACCUUAAAACACUUCUGGUUGAUGUUGAGAAGGGAGUUUCAGAAAUGGAAGCUAAGUCUGUGAAUACCUUACAAAAUGUGAUUGAACAACUUAGGAACACCCUGAUGUCAUCUCUGAUGGAUUACGUCAACAAUCGAUUGAUUCACUCAAUCCAGCACGAUGUUGGUAAAUGUAGGCCUAUCAGUGCAGCCUUCAACUCUACGUUAAAUUCUAUCUGUAGUAGGAUCACAACACCAGCAAAUGGACAUUGGUUUAGUUGGUUCAUGGGUGUAUCUCUAUCCAUACUCCUGAUUGUUAUGUCUAGAAAACUCGAUGGAAAAUUGAAUAUCAUACGAUCUGGAGGGCAGAUAAUACAGUAA